AUGGAAUUUUCUGGGAUAGAAAACUUGCAAAUGCGUAUUUGAACGCCCUUAGUUUGUGAGGGCUGGGAAGACUCGAUGAGAGACGGUCUCUAAACGAACUGGAAUAGGUGAUAGAAAGUAACCAGGGGGUUAAAUCGAGAGAAGAGGAAGAUAACACGGAUUACCGGGAAAGCGAGUGCGCACUUUACGCACUACUUCGUACUUUGGACUAAAAGCUUACCCUCAUCUCACCCCGUUUGGGGUGUAGAAUGGAACUUAAGAGGUGUCAAACCACAAAUGGAAUUGUGUGGGCACGAUGAGGAAAGAAAUGAGUUUAAACCUGGAUCAAAGCUCUUCUAACCUGAAGCCGGAUUUGCGCGACGCAGAGAGCAUACUAAACUCCCCGGAUCUGGGACUCCUCAAACUCGCUUCUCCAGAACUCGAAAGGCUGAUCAUUCAGUCCAACGGAAUGGUUACGACCACCCCGACCUCGCAGUUCGUCUAUCCUAAAGCGGUAAGCGACGAGCAGGAGUUCGCGGAGGGUUUCGUUAAAGCCCUGGAGGAUCUACACAAGCAAAACCAGCUGACCAGCGCCAGCUCAGCUACGAUUAACCGGAUCGCACCGGGUGCCACGGUCGCUUUACCCUCUGAUCUCCCCGUCUACACGAACCUGAGCACGUACGGAAGCGGCACGGCUGUGAACUACUCCACAGACACGAUCCCGUUUCCUCCCCCGCCUCCGACACACACGCACACGGCGCCGCAGCAGACUCCACAGACGCGGCUCCACUCGCCCAAGGACGAACCGCAGACGGUGCCGGACGUGCAGAGCUUCGGAGACAGUCCGCCAAUGUCUCCCAUCAACAUGGACACGCAGGAGCGCAUCAAGGCCGAGCGCAAAAAGCUGCGCAAUCGCAUCGCCGCCUCCAAGUGUCGCAAGAGGAAGCUCGAACGGAUCUCGCGUCUGGAGGACAAAGUCAAGAAUCUGAAAACCCAAAACAGCGAGCUGGCGUCCACCGCAAGCGUGCUGCGGGAACAAGUGGCGCAACUUAAACAGCGGGUCAUGAACCACGUGAAUAACGGAUGCCAGCUGCUGCCCACCCAAGUGCAGGCUUAUUAACGAACACGAUUCAGUUCAGAGGACACAGACUGAAUCUGGCAUUCACUGACAUAUCAGACUUUUAGGAAUAAAGACGCUCUUUUUGGUGCUGAUGUAAAUAAAAGACUUUUGAAAUAA